CUUGCCCUGAAGAUCUACUGCUAAGCUCUGUGUCCAGCGAAGGCGAUUCUUGCCAGAUACCGAGGUACAAUGACACGACUCGAGUAAUCGCAUCCAGACAGCAACAGCUUACAAAACACGAAGCAAAAGCGAACGUCAAUUUGAUAGGACCGAAGUAUUUGUCCAAUAGCCUGCCACGCAAGUACCCAUACACUUGGACCUCGCUCGUCAUCCAGCCCUUGCCCCACCAUGCCCACGCCGGCGAAGCUCCGAGCUACAGCUUAAGCUGCUGCCCCUUCAACUUCGAGAGCUCUCUCAAUACAGCAACAAACUUUACAAACCUCUACCUCACGCUUCGAUUUCACACAUCAAUUAAUUACAAUGGCUCCUCUCAAGGUCGGUGACUCUCUGCCCGAUGGCGUUAAGUUCGAAUGGGCACCCAUCACAGAUGCUGACCCCACCGCAUGCGGUCGUCCCCAGGAGUACGAUGCCUCCAAGGAAUGGGCGGGCAAGAAGGUCGUCCUCGUCUCUGUUCCUGGCGCGUUCACACCCGGCUGCCAGGCCUACCACCUGCCUCCCUACAUUCAGAAGUUGUCUGAGCUGAAGAGCAAGGGUGUUGAUGUCGUUGCUGUUAUUGCGUCGAAUGACUCGUGGGUUAUGAAUGCUUGGGGCAAGGUCAAUGGUGUUAAGGGUGAUGACAUCCUAUUCCUCAGCGACACUAAGACUUUCUUCUCGAAGCACUACGGGUGGGCUGCUGGUAUGGGUGAUAGGAAUGGCCGCUGGGCCAUGGUCUUCGACAACGGCAAGGUCACCUACGCUGAGAACGAGAGCAAUCCCGGCCAGGUCACCGUCUCUGGCGCCGAGGAGGUUCUCGCCAAGUUGUAGAGACCUCAUUGAAAGGCGCAGAGAACUCAUUGAAAGGCGCAGAGAGCUCAUUGAAAGGCGCUCGGAUAUCUUAGGUGAAUAAACUUGACCGUAAACAGGGACACCAUAGACAUAACAUCUACGAAAAAGAACAAUGAAUGAGC